GACCACGAGUUCCCUAUGAUCACAUGUUGUUGUAUUGCACCCACGGGGGGGCGCUAUUUCUACACAGGUCCCGGGUUGAACGGGUUGAAACUUGGCCGUGUAUUUUGCAUGUUGCCGGACCAACAGCCAAUGGGAGGCCUCCAUGUAAAUGAGUUCUGGGCUCACAGGCUGUCUUACUACAGGGAACACUCAGUUCACCGGGCAAACAGCGAGCAUCGCACCGUCGCCAGCCGCAGCUCUCCAUCCGCUCUGGACUGUGUAGGACACCGAACCGCCUGGAUGUGCAAUAUGACUUUUGAAGAAACUGGAGGAGAAAACUCUGUAGAAAGGAUGGAAUCGGUGGCUCAAGCCCUGGAGGAGGUCCUGAGCUCCGCCUUGCCUCAGGGCUGCAUCACUGUCGGGGUGUACGAGGCUGCAAAGUCCCUCAAUGUGGAUCCGGAUAACGUGGUGCUCUGCCUACUGGCUACUGAUGAUGAAGAGGACGUGGCUCUGCAGAUCCAUUUCACCUUAAUCCAGGCGUUCUGCUGCGAGAACGACAUCAACAUCCUGCGAGUGGGCAACAUGAGGCGUCUGGCCGAGAUCCUGGGGGGGGUGAAGCCAGGAGGGGAACCCAUGGACGUGCACUGCGUCCUGGUUACGAACCCGCAGUCGGCCCUGUGGAAAGACCCGGCGCUGAGCAAGGUGAACCGAUUCUGCAGGGACUGCCGCUGCCUGGAUCAGUGGGUGCCGGUGAUCAACCUGCCGGACCGAUGAAACCACUCGGAAUAUCGUCAAGAAUCGUUUGCAUCCGGGGGCGAAAAUAAUAUCAAAAGAACACCCGCCUGCUUUAAUUGGAAAGCCUUCCUCCUCCUUCCUCCUCCUCUUUCUGCUGCUGCCCCCCACCCGACACACCACCCAGCGGAGGAAAUCAACAGGGGGGGCAAAAAUUUUAAAGAGCAACGGGAAACAUGAACGUUUCGUCAGGGUGAACUCCAGGGUCAAGGAAGAGUGACUCAGCAGUCCUCUCUCUCUCUCUCUCUGCCGAGAAAGGAGCGGUGUUUUUACGAGGAAGCGGCAGCAUCAUGUGAGCAGAGUGAGCGCACGGCGUGGGGAGCACGUGUCUGAAGGGAGCGGGGUGGGGGAAGAGCUGGCAACACUCCAGGAACCGGACCGCGCCGAGAGUCGGCACCGCUCCUGUGACAGUUCGACCAAACAGAAACUGUUUCUUCAGCUUUUAUUUAACACUAUUUAAAGUAUUGUCACUUUGUUAACUUAAAACCAAAAAAAAGAAAGAAAAAGGGAAACUUUUCUCCUCCUGUUGUUAUCUUAAGGACGGCGUGUUCCGAGUUGUCCAUGUUGUGGUUUUUUUUUUUUUUUUUUUUAUGUUAUGUUAUUAAUUUAAUGAAUUUUUUAUUUAUUGUGCAUAGUUUGGCUGCAGUCUGCCAUGUGAAACUGAAUGAAAUAAACAGAGAAGAUUCUCAGGGUUGUUCUGCCUCACUGAUUUCCAGUAAUACGCGGCGCUGGGAGGAAGCAGGGCGUGUUUUUAUGACGCCUUGUUUUGAGGUCGUUGCCUCACAGCGCUUGGCGCUUUACCAGCAGGUAUCUGACGAUUCCUGCAGCAUGCAGACUAAUGCACACAGUGUAAAUAUCUGUUUAAAUGAGGGUGUUACUAAGGAGACGCUGCACUGUAGUACAUAAACCAGAACUGUAGCAUACAAGUAAAUGGAUGCAUGAUUUUAUUUGUUUGCAUCAGUCUACUGGGGGUCUGCAGCCUGUGGCUCCUUUGAUAUUUGGCUAAAAUUGAAAAAAAUGAACCAAAGUUUGGGAAUAUAAGUGUAAUAAAGUGCAACAG